ACAAAUCUUUUAUAUUUUCCUGGCCAUUUUUUAUCUGGAAGAGUACUCAUUGAACUGGAUGACGAAACAUGGAAUCCGCUUUGGCGUUGAAUAAUCAAUAAGGCAUUCUAAAUUGACAUCUUUUAGCAGUCAAUUAUUGCAGGAUUCCGCUUAGGCGUUAAAAAAGCAAUAAUCGACUUCUUUAUCUAUUAAAAAUCCUCACAGAUUAAUAGAAACUUCCGGUCCGAUUGAAAUAGUGACGCAUAUCACGUAUAUUUGCGAUUCCAUCUCGGUCUGAGUUAUUUUGCGCAUAAAAUCACCUCUCGGGUGUGUAAAAAGGACGCAUUAAAUAUAAAAUAGAAAUCUUAUAAAUUUCCGGGGAUAAUCAAUAAUCUUAAAAAUAUCAAUUGUUAAAAAUUAGUGUAAAGGAUUCAGUGUACAAGUGUAUUGUAACUAAAUCAGAAAUAAAAAGCACAAAAACCAUAAGUUCAGCCUUCCGAGUUUCAUUCGAGAGUAGCACAUAAGUUUACAUCCUACAACCCCAGCCGCGCCCAUCCAACCAAAUCCUACAGGAGGAAGCUGAGUGAGCUGCAACGUUCUGGAGGGAUCUAACCUGCCGUGACUAGAAAGAAAGAAACAUCGAAAGUGUUUCAGGACUGCAUUUUCAUGUGAUUGGUGAAGGUGUUGUUCGAGUGAGAAGUCAACGAGCUGAGCGUGUAUACGAUAAAGAAAAUUACAUUGAUUUCCGUAUGAGGCUUUUAGGUGAACCAGGAGAAAGUGCGUCAUUUCUAUCUCCAGGCAUACAUAGUUUUCCCUUUAAGCUAGGUUUGCCACUUGGUCUACCGUCAACUUUUCUUGGAAAACAUGGAUGGGUUCAAUACUACUGCAAAGCUGCUCUACGUGAACCUGGAGGCUUAACCCAUAAAAACCAACAAGUUUUUAUCGUAAUGAAUCCUAUCGAUCUAAAUCUGGAACCACCAAUACUUGCACAACCAGCUCGAUUAGAAGUAGAACAACGUGUUGGAGUUUCUUGUGUAUCAAGUGGACCAAUAUUCUGCAGAGUAAGCCUUGACCGUGGUGGUUACGUACCUGGAGAAACGAUUGGAAUUUCAGCAACUGUUAGCAAUCGAAGCAAGGUUACAAUGAAAUCCACUAAAGCGUCAUUGACAGAAACAAUUCAAUAUUUAUGCAGAGGUAAAAUUCUAGCCAGUGAAACUAGAGAACUUGCUAGCGUAUCUCGAGGAAAAAUACGACCAGGUGAAGGUGAAGAAUGGUUGAAUGAACAAAUGUACGUGCCGCCUUUACCACCGACGAAUCUUCGAGGAUGUCAUUUGAUUAAUAUACUCUAUCAUGUUUAUUUUGUUAUAAGUCCGAAAGGUUUGGAUAAAGAGAUAAAACUUCAAAUACCAAUCAUAUUAGCAACUUAUCCACUUCGACAAGAGGGGGGCUUGGUCUCUAGUACUUCAUCGAAGAGAGGAGCUCAUUAUCCUUCUACAUUACCAAUUUUUAGGCCUUGGCUUGAUGACAAGGCUCUUGAAGUCGAAGAAUAAUUUAUCACCAUACUGGCCUAUUAAAUAUUAACAUACCUAUAUUUUUUAACAGGUAUUAGUCUAAUGAAACUUAAAUAAAACUGUGUGUUCAUUUAUACCAUUAUCUAUCAUCAAAUGUAAUAAAACAUCAUCAGUUUUCAGAACAAAAAUUUUCCAAAGAAUAUAUAUAUUACAAUUUGAUGCUUUAAAAUCAUAUUAAUAUUGGGAUAGCAUGUAAUAUUAUCAUCAUGACAAAAUAACCAACACAAUAAUUACCCUAAAAAUGAACUCCCAUACUUUCUUUUUUAAGUUAGAAAUUGGUUAGUAUGUUGUUAUUAAUAUAUCAUUAUGUCAGUUACUUUUUUUGUUUGUUAUUCUGUAGUUUAUUCCAUUAAGUUACUAUCCUUGUGAUAAUAUUACACAGCAUUACCUUGGAUUGGAAGAAAUUUAUAACUUUUUAAAUAUCGAUUAUGUAGUCUU